AUGGGUGUGAAUGAGCCCGGCGUCGUGGUUCCCAGGGCACUAGUCGCAAGCCAAGCUCAAGGAUGGAUCACUUUAUUCUCCGCGACACGGUUGUGUAACGACACUUUUGCUGUGCUGCGUCUGCGCGACACCCGCGAUGCCAUCAUGGCAGUGGCAGCAAAGCUUUGGUCUUUGGAUGCCGGCGCCGUUGAUCGGGCUAAAGAUUCCGUAUCCGCCUCGAUCGUGUUGGCUUCAGGGGAUGGCAGCUCUCUAGACUCUAGCUCAGCCCUAGAAGAUGGUUACCUACCUCUCAUGUCUUGA